GUUGAUCCUCCUAGUUACACUAGUAACUAAGCCAAGCACUUGAAAUAAAUAAGCAGGAAUGACAUCGAGGCCAAAAUAAAUAAUCUUGGAAUCCACCAGCCACAUUCACAAAACAUACGCGCGACAAUUAAAAAAAGCCAGAAAUCUUCCUCCAAUUGCCUUUAGAAUAUAUUAUAUAAUUUGAAAAAUAUGCAUAGUUAUGUGUAAAAUUUUAUCAUUAUAUUCGUUUUGUACCUUAAAAAACUCCGAAAAUGUUGGACCUCCUCCUCUCCAUCCCGGUGCUCUCCUACCUCCUCAUCCCCGCCAUGUCCUCCUACAACACAAGCCUCAACAUCAUCUUCUUCUACAUCACAUGGAUCACGCUGGUCCUGUCAAGCCCCCCGUUAAAGGUUGAAAUUGUAGGAACGUGUGCUGUCCGCCUAUUACUAUAUCUAGUUCCGUCCGCGCUAUUUUUCCUCUUCAAUUUGCUAUUUCCGUCUGCUGCGGGAGUGAUAAAGGCGCAAGGUAUCCAGGACCUCCCGGCGGCAAAGAAGGGGAAGAGGUGCUGGAAACGAGCGCUGAAGGUUGCGGGUUGGGCGGUGUUUAAUCUGUUAAUGAGCAUUUUUCUGCAGGGGCUUGUGGAGGCGGUACUAACGAAAGUGCUCCGAGUGAAGAGCGCGAUAAGGGUGGCGGCGAGGCUGCCUUUGCCGUGGGAUGUUCUGAAGGACUUGGCGUUGGGGCUUGUAGGGAGAGAGGUCCUCCAAUACGUCAUACACCGAUACAUCCUCCACUCUCCAUCAGCCUACGUCGCAAAGUGCCAUGACGAAUGGUACCACUCGCUCCGUAGCCCUGACCCACUAACAGCGCAUUACGACCAUCCCCUCGCCUACCUCCUCUACCGCUUCAUACCCGCAUUCCUCCCCGCCGCCACCCUCCGCUUCCACCUGCUCACCUACCUCAUCUUCCUCGCUUUCAUUUCCCUCGAAGAAACCUUCUCUCACUCCGGCUACAGCAUCAUGCCCACCAGUUUCUUCAUUGGCGGCGUCGCUCGCAGGGCCGAUCUCCACCUCCUGAGCAAAGGCCGUGGCAACUACGGGUCGUGGGGGGCCGUGGACUGGAUAUGCGGGACUACGGUGGGCCACACUGGGUCUCAGGGUGAGGGAGACGACGAAGAGCAUGAAGUCGAUAUCGAGGACGUUCUUGAUGUGGCGCUUGAGGAGCCGAAGCGGAAGGUUAGGGGGCUACGAAAUCGGGGCCGAGGCCCGGUGGAUUCGUAAUUGAGGUAUUUUCUUUUCUUUUUGUCUUUUUGCCUUUUCCUGUGCAUGCGAGGGUGGGAAGAUGUACUAUCAGGGAUGUUUAAACGUCAUUGCGUUCGAGAUAUUUUGUUUUCCGGUGAGAAGUUCAGGGAGUACAUUUAUUCUAUGUGAAUUUUGGCCGCGGACGCAAAAUAUCAGGAGUGUUGAUUCCGGGGGCUGGGCUUUGUCGAUGUCGAUGUGUACGUAUAUACCUCUCCGGUUUUUGGAUAUGGGAACGGAGGUAAUCUGGGAAAUGCGAGAACCUGCGAAUAUGAUAGUUAAUGAGAUAACAUGCUAAACUAAACAAGCAAAAGGGAAUCAGUCCUCCCAGUAGCAAAAAAAUCACGGAGCUUCGAGGGAAAAGGUAUUGUAUUGCAAGCGGCGGGUACUAAAGAAUGCCUUUGCAGAAUUAAAAGGAGGGGCUCAUCAAAACGGAAUAAAGGGAUUUUUCGAUGAAAAACCACUAAAUUAAUAGUGGGAAAGAAUCGCCAUGGCCAUGGUGAUUGUACAUUAUCUCAUUGAAAAGAAGAACCUUCGUGGAAAGUUUUGGUGUAUAUUUUCAUAUUUUUUUCCCUUCUUUUGUUUCUCCGAAAGAGCAAAAUGAUUUUUCCCCCAAUGUUUAAAAAAAAAAGCCCGCGCAAGACAAGACGUAAAUGGAUUAGAAAAAGAAAAAAAAAACCCGCUCCCGAUUUCUUUCUAUUUCAAUUUUCCCCCAUUCGACAACCAGCCAGUUUACCACUUCAUUUCGUGCGGCUUGUCACCGUUCCGCAGACUGAAACUGGAGGAGAGGUAGCUGGCAAGGAACUGCUCCUUUUUGAUGGUGGCCAAAAGGGGUUGGUCUACGGCUUUUUGGUCGUUGGCACGGGCGGAAACAACCUUCUUCUUCUGUUUCAAUCGUGAAAUAUAUUAGCAACCAAUACAUCCGCGCAUACCCGCACAAUAACAUGCCGAAGAGGAGAAAAAAAAAUUUGGCCAUGGCGAAAAAGGGGUAGAUCCCAACACAGACACGUACCUCGGGCUUCUCUCCCUGCUUGAAGAAAGCUUCCUCUCCCUUCUUCUCCGCCUUCUUCUCCCGGGUGAAGUAGUCGGAUUCGGAGGCCUUUUCCAAAACCUUGUCGUCAAUGCCCUUGAGAUCGACCUUUGCGCUUGUGGCAAUGACGUAUCUGGCGUUUACUCUCCGGAGAGGAACGCCAUUUAGUUUGAAGGGACCGGUAACGAGGAGGACACCCUGGGGGAGGUGCUUGAGGAGGACGACACGCUUGCCGCGGAAACGACCAGCGAGGAGGAUGAGGAUGGUGCCGGGUUGAAGACUGGGCCGCGGCUUAGCGGGGUGGAUUGUCUUGCGGACCUGUUUUUGAUAUCCAUUUUGUCAGUUUUGUCCGAACUGUGAAAAGGCUUUGAGAUUGAAAUUUUUGAUGUGCGCGAGAUCGCGAAAUUGUGCGUGUGUGUAUCGAUCAAAAGGCCUAUCAAAUCCCUUCAUACACAAUCUGCGGAUAUUGAAGCAAUGCUUCCCAACAACCCCA